AGACGUGUCACUUUGCUAUUCAGUACAAAUCGUCUUCCUUGGAAGGAAUCUCAAAGCCCAUUCUUGAUUGACUUGUACGAGUAUAUCAGGUCGCUCUUUCGGUGCUUGAAGAUUCCAAAGCUCUACCUGAUAACGUCCAUCAAGCAUGUCUCCGAUCUCAUUCUCUCAGCUCUCUUACCACCCCGAGUUUGACUCUUGCAAGCAUCACAUUUCUGACGAAGGAUCGACCGUCUCUAUCCAGACAAAUGCGAAAACGGAUUGGUGGAGGACCGGCCAGGCCUGGCGAUCAACCGGUCCUCUUCUAGGUCUCGUUCUCGAGAAGGGGAAGCCAGAGUGGACGGCUGAGGUCGAGAUGGGAGGAGAUUGGAAGGACGAGGUUGAUCAAGCUACGCUCAUGCUCUACCAAUCUAAGAGCUCAUGGAUCAAGACAGGUGUCGAGUACACCGAGAACAAAGCCUGGUUCUCAGCCGUCGUGACCUCGCCCUUCUCGGACUGGUCCCUCCUUCCUGCUUACCCCUCGCCUCUUCCCUCCGAUUCCUACUCCUCCUUCCAGAUCCAGAGACUUGGCGCUCGCGUCAAAGUUUCUGCUAAGCUUGAAGGGGAAUGGGUCGUGAUCCGUGACGUGACGAACUUCGGCUUGAAGGACGACGAGGAUGUUUGGAUCGGGGUGAUGGGGUGUAGCCCCUUGGGAUCGGGGACGGAGGUGAGAUUCAAGAACUUGGACGUCAAGUAUUAGGGGUGCAAAGAGUCCAGUGUAUUAGUUACAAGCGUUGCUGUAUGAUCCUAGUUGUCAGGAGGUGAAAUGAAACGUUCUUCUAGGGUGUUCCAUUGGUGGUUACCCGUAACAAAG